GUUGCUGAGGGAGGCCCGCAGCAGCAAGGCCUUCCCUGAGGACGUGGUCAGGCUCAUCUUCUCCAACAUCUCCUCCAUCCACCAGUUCCACGCGCAGUUCUUCCUCCCUGAGCUGCAACGGCGCCUGGACGACUGGUGAGGUCCUCCGGGAGCGUCCCCCACCCCGGGCGGGGCAGCCCUCGGGCACAGAGCUGGCCUGCCGCCCCGCUCAGUCCUUGGCACUCUCCUCCCUGGCUCAGUCCUUCCACACAGUGAGACCGGGCUCCUGAUAGGCCGUGUGCACAGGUGGGUGUGUCCUGGGGGUGGGGGGACACAGCCAGGGCUGACUGGGGGCGUCCUACAUGCCUGGCCUUGAACUGUACCCCAUUCACUCACUGGAGCGUCAGCAUCCACUGAGCCUAGGAGUCCACAGGAGGGAGCCCUAGGCCCUGUUGCCUCCCCAGGAGCAGCUGAGCCCCUUGGGGGCAGGGUGUGUGGCAGAAGCACUGGGGGCUCCUGGAACUAAAUGCUCAUGGUUACCCUCAGAGAGAGCCAGGGGUCCAGACAUGGAAAACCCACUCCCAUCAAGGGGGAGCAGGGAUGCUCCCCCCACCCCCACCCCCACCCCCCCCCCGCAGCCAGAGUGUCGCCGCCCUGGAGGCAGGAGGCCCAAGACCAAGGUGUCAGCAGGUCUGGCGGCUCCUGGAGACUGGGGCGGGGGCGGGAGGGGUGGUGUUGCAGGCCUCUCUCUAGCCUCUGGAGGUUGCUAGCUGUCUUUGGUGGUCCUCAGCUUCUAGAAGCUUCUCCCACGCUCUGCCUUCACGCUCACACAGCUUCUCCCUGUAUGUGUCUCUCUCAGAACUUCUGCUUCUUACAACGACACCGGUCCUAUGGGUUUGAAGUGACCCUGUUUGGACAGAGUCUGCAUAAACGUAAUAGGCUAAGAUGAGGUCACACUGGAUUAGAGCGAGCAAAGAACCCACUGACUGGUUUGCCUAGGCAGAAAGGGGAAAUGUGGCCAGAGAGGCACAGACAGAGAGGGAGGCAGGGGUGGGCGUGUGAGGGCAGAGGCAGAAGUGGGGCGUGAUGAGGGCACCAGCCAGGACCGAUGGCCUCUUGGUUACACGAGAACCCCAAUUUGUUUUCAGAGAGGACCACUAAUAUGUUCAGUAGUGAAGUUCCUUGCUUUAUGUAUUUUUAUCUGUUUUGCCAAAGAAAUGCUGUGGUUUCUGGGAUGUUAUUGAAAACUCUUUGGUCAAGCAGAAUGUUAAUAAUUAUUAAAUCCUGGCCGGCACUGCGGCUCACUAGGCUAAUCCUCCGCCUUGCGGCGCUGGCACACCAGGUUCUAGUCCCGGUCAGGGCGCUGGAUUCUGUCCCUGGUGCCCCUCUCCCAGGCCAGCUCUCUGCUGUGGCCUGGGAGUGCAGUGGAGGAUGGCCUAGGUCCUUGGGCCCUGCACCCCAUGGGAGACCAGGAAAAGCACCUGGCUCCUGGCUUUGGAUCAGCACGGUGCGCCGGCCGCAGCGCGCUGGCCGCGGCAGCCAUUGGAGGGUGAACCAACGGCAAAGCAAGACCUUCCUCUCUCUCUCUCUCUCUCUCACUGUCCACUCUGCCUGUCAAUAAAUAAAUAAAUAAAUAAAUAAUUUAAAAAUAAAAAUAAUUAUUAAACCCAGUGAAAGAUGCCAGGGUCCACUGCCAUAUUCAUUUCACAUUAUGUUUUCUUGGAAUGUCCGCAAUCAUUUUUUGUAGAUUUAUUUUAUUUAUUUGGAAAACAGAUCAACAGAGAAAGAGAGAGAGACAGAGAGAAAUCUUCCAUCUGUUAGUUCACUCCCCAAAUUGUUGCAAUGGCCAGGGCUGGGCCAGGCUGAAAGUAGGAGCCUGAAACUCCAUCCGGGUUUCCUACAUGGCAGGGGCUUAAGCACUUGGGCCAUUGUCUGCUGUUUUUCCCAGGUGCAUUAGCAGGGAGCUGGAUGGGAAGUGGAGCUGCCGGGACUCGGCAUUUUGGAGGCUGUAGCCUAACCUGCUGGACCACAGUGCCAGCCAACCCUCAUAAUAAUGUUUAAAAAAACAAAAACCAGCAUCAAACUUCUGAGAUCGGCUGCUUUCAUUCCCAUUUUUUGGGUGAGAAAAUGGUGGUAGUGAGAGGCCAGGUGGCUCCAGCUCAGGUGGGCGAACUCCAGAGUGGCGGCUCCUCACGGCUCCUGAGUUCAGUGAGUGGCCUCAGGCCCUACCCUAGCUGUUGCUGGCUCCAUGCUCCCCUGCAGGCCCCCAGUUCCCUGUCUCCAAGGUGGGCUGGCACCUGUUCCACCUGCAGGGCUGUGAGAACAAGAUGGAGAGAGGUGCGGUGCGGCGAGUCUGGCGCGUGGUUGCUGGGUGAACUGCAUAGUGGAGCAUCACGUGGUGACCAAACCACUCUGCACCGGGCCUGGGGGGGAAGCCAAUUGGUGGCCGAGAGCAGCGUCCGCCCUCAAGGGGCUUACAGUCUAAGGGGGGUGAGGCACACGCAGGAGAAGGCGACAGUCCUGCUCCGUGCCUAUGCCCAGCAGUGCAGUGGAAAAGCUGUUUCCAGGAUUUCUGGCUUGCAGGGUCAGGGUGGGGGAUGCACACCCGGGCCCUGCGUGAAGUUGAGAGAGGCGGGCACCAGGCUGAGGGCAGUCCCUGGGCGUCCCUCCUGCAGGGCGGCCACCCCCCGCAUUGGCGACGUGAUCCAGAAACUGGCCCCGUUCCUCAAGAUGUACAGUGAGUACGUCAAGAACUUUGAGCGAGCGGCGGAGCUGCUGGCCGCCUGGACCGACAAGUCUCCGCCCUUCCAGGAGGUGAUCGCCCGCAUCCAGAGCAGCGAGGCCUCGGGCAACCUGAGCCUGCAGCACCACAUGCUGGAGCCCGUGCAGAGAAUCCCCCGCUACGAGCUGCUGCUCAAAGACUACGUGCAGAAGCUCCCGGCCCAGGCCCCGGACCGGGCUGACGCCCAGAAGGCUCUCGAUAUGAUCUUCUCGGCGGCUCAGCACUCCAACGCGGCCAUCGCCGAGAUGGAGCGGCUGCAGGACCUGUGGGAGGUGUACCAGCGCCUGGGCCUUGAGGACGACAUAGUGGACCCCUCCAAUGCCCUGCUCCGUGAGGGUCCCGUCCUCAAGAUCUCCUUCCGCCGCAAUGACCCCAUGGAGCGCUACCUUUUCUUGUUCAACAACAUGCUGCUCUACUGCGUGCCCAAGGUCAUCCAGGUGGGCGCCCACUUCCAAGUGAGGACCCGCAUCGAUGUGGCCGGGAUGAAGGUGCGGGCGCUGAUGGAUCCCGAGUUCCCCCACUCCUUCCUGGUGUCCGGGAAGCAGCGCACCCUGGAGCUACAGGCGCGGUCCCAGGAGGAAAUGAUUUCCUGGCUACAGGCCUGCCAAGCAGCCAUCGACCAAGUAGAAAAGCGCAAUGAAACCUUCAAGGCGGCGGUGCAGGGGCCCGAAGGCGGCCUCCAGGAGCCGCAGCUGCAGUCCGAGGAGCUGGGCCUCCGGGCGCCGCAGUGGGUCCGCGACAAGAUGGUCACCAUGUGCAUGCGCUGCCGGGAGCCCUUCAACGCCCUCACGCGCCGGCGCCACCACUGCCGCGCGUGCGGCUACGUGGUGUGCGCCAGGUGCUCCGAGUACCGGGCCGAGCUCAAGUACAACGCGAACAGGCCCAGCCGCGUGUGCCUCGACUGCUACGCGUUCCUCACGGGCUGCGUACUCCCUGGCAACAAGGACAGGCGGCCAGGCAUCCUGGAGAAAGGAUCUUCGGCAGGGUCCGGCCAGAGUCUGAUGUGCAGCUUCCUGCAGCUGAGCGGGGACAAGUGGGGCAGGAGCAGCUCCCGGGGCUGGUGCGUGAUCCCCCAGGACGACCCCCUGGUGCUCUACGUCUACGCGGCCCCCCAGGACACGCGGGCUCACACCUCCAUCCCGCUGCUGGGCUACCAGGUGACCGCUGGGCCCCAGGGGGACCCCCGGCUUUUCCAGCUGCAGCAGUCAGGCCAGCUGUACACCUUCAAGGCUGACUCGGAGGAGCUGCGAGACCGUUGGGUGAAGGCCAUGGAGCGGGCCGCCCAGGGCUGGGGCCCCGGGGGCCCUGAUGCCGGGGACCUGUGCGACUGAACCACCAGCACUUGCUCUCUGCCCUCUGCUGUCCACUCAGAGCCUGCCUCCUGCCCUGGGACGACCCUGUGGCCCACCGGUCCAAGUCACAUAACCGAUUCCUUUCCGCAGUGGCCAGGCCCCAGGGCCUGGGAUGGGAUCAGAAGCUAUGGGUCUGUUCCUCUGGGUAGGGAACAAACCAGUGCCCCAGUUUGCCUGGGUAGAGGGGCUUCCUAUGCCAAUAGAACACCCAGUGCUAGAACUGAGAAAGUCCUAAGUAACCUGGUACUAACAGGUUCUCAACUGGGGCUGCUCACUAGCGCCCCCUGGGAAGCUUUUACAAAGUAUUGCAACAGGCAUGGGGCCCAGCGGUAGAACGGCCAGUUAAGGGGCCUGCAUGGCAUGUCACAGAGUUUGGGGUCAAGUCCUGGCCCUGCUCCCAAUUCCAGCUUCCUCUAGUGUGCACCCUGGGAGGCAGCAGACGGCGGGCCACAAGCACUUGGGUCCCUGGCACCCACACAGGAGACCCGGAUGGAGUUCCAGGCUCCUGGCUUCAGUCCUAGUCAGGAGCCAUUGCAAUUUUGGGGGAGUGAACUUCCCUCUCUCUCUAUCUCUCAAACAAACAAAUAAAUACUUU